AUGGCUGACUCCAACCAGACACUGCAGGCCACACUGCAGCAGCCGCACAACUGUCACAGACACUGCAGGGAUGCUCACUGUGCUGUCUGCACAGACCGUGUAGGGAGACUUGGCUGCCAGGUAUAUAAGUGCACCAACUGUAAACUCUCAGUUCACAAGAAGUGCCACAAACUUGUCACAACUGAAUGUGGGCAGCGUUCUUUACCAUCAGAGUCCACGAUGCCAGUCGAUCCAUCAUCCAUGGCUUCAGACCCUGUACACACAGCAAUCCUACAUAAUCUUUCAACUCAUGAGGCAUCAGAACAAGUUGAUGAAGAGAGUGAGGCAGGGAACACUGGGGAAAGUGGCAAAGCUUCAUCUGGUUUAGGUCUUGAAGACUUUGAUUUGCUCCACGUGAUUGGCAGAGGAAGUUAUAGGAAAGUACUGUUAGUCCAAAUGAAAAAAUCAGAUCAUAUGUAUGCAAUGAAAGCAGGGAAAGAAGAGCAUGCCAACAUUGAUCGGAUACAGACAAAGAAGCACGUUUUACAGAAGGCAUCCAGUUGUCCUUUUCUUGUUGGACUGCAUUCUUGCUUUCAGACAGGAAGCAGACUGUUCUUUGUUCUAGACUAUGUAAAUGGUGGGGAUCUGAUGUUUUAUAUGCAACAACAAAGAAUGAUUCCUGAAGAACAUGCUAGGUUUUACCCUGCAGAAAUCACUUUAGCAUUCAACUAUCUUCAUCAGCGAGGGAUACUGUAUAGAAAUUUGAAAUUGGACAAUAUAUUACUGGACUCAGAAGGGCACAUUAAACUCACUGAUUACUGCCUGUGUAAGGAAGGCUUACAGCCAGAAGAUACAACCAGCACUUUCUGUGGCACUCCUAAUUACCUGGCUCCAGAAAUUGCAAGAGGGGAAGAUUAUGGUUUUGGUGUGGACUGGUGGAGUCUUAGAGUACUGAUGUAUGAGAUGAUUGGAAAGUCUCCAUUCCAUCUUGAUGAGAGCUCUGAUAACUCUGACCAGAACUCAAACAAUAAUCUCUUGCAAGUAAUUUUGGAAAGAGACAUUCUCAUACCUCGUUGCUUGUCUGUAAAGGCUGCAAGUGUGCUGGAGGGUGUUCUCAAUAGGGAUCCAAAAGAACAACUGGGUUGUGAUCCCCACAGGGGCUUUCCUGAUGUUCAGGAGCAUCCAUUCUUUCAAAAUGUAGACUGGGACAUGAUGGAGCAAAAGCAGGUGGUGCCUCCGUUUAAACCAAAUAUCUCUGAUCAAUUCGGUUUGGACAACUUUGAUCCUGAGUUUACUAAUGAACCUGUCUGGCUCACCUCAGUUGAUAAUGACAUCGUGAGGAAAGUUUAAGGGUAUGAAUUUGCCAGUUUUAAGUAUAUCAAUCGUCGUACAAUGUAUGAAGAAGAAUAGGUCUGACCCUCAUUUUUCAACUAUGCAUUCUGCUUAAUGCUAUUUAAUGCAUGAAAAAACU